UGCCCUUUCGCAACCUAUUCGCAGAGCCAGUAGGAAUUGAAUGCACUUAUCAGAAUACGUUUCCUGAAUUAUACAUCAUAAACUCAAUAUCUUAUCCAAUCCAAGCCCAAUCCAAAUCACGAGAAAAAGCAAACAAACAAACCCAAUAUGGCCAUCGAGAUCCUUCCCCUCACAAAGGAGGACAUCCCCUCGGCCGUAGCAUGCAUCCAGAAAGCAUUCGCCGACGACCCGUAUUUUCAUUGGGUAUUCAACAAUAAAUUCGGGUUCAACAUCCACCGCAACGCCGCCUCUCUCGCCGCACACUUCCUCUACGGCCUUUCCUGCAACGAGCCCAUUUUCGUGGCCAAAUACACUACCAACACCCCCAGCGAUAAGAUUCCCACCGACUCCCCCGUCGUUGGAGUUUGCUGGUGGUACAGCCCGCAACCCCCGUCCGAACCUGUCCCCUGGUCCGUCUGGGCGCAAGACUGGAUCCUCUCCUUCCGCCAGCUGUACAACAACAUCCGGUUCGGUGGCCGUGGGGGGCUUAACGUCCGUCGUUACUGGCUCUGGAAAGCCCGGCAACAGGAGACUCACGACCGAGUUUGGACUGAUCCCCGCGGCUACUACUUCUGCAAUGUGAUCGCAGUCGACUCCUCGAUGCGAGGAAUGGGUCUGGGACGGAAAUUGGUUGAAGUAGUCAGUCAACAGGCUGAUCGAGAGGGAAUGCCUUGCUACCUAGAAAGUUCGAAGGGGUUCCCGAACCUGAUGAUCUAUGAGAAGUUGGGAUUUGAGAUGGUCAGCGAGAUUGAGUGUGUGGACGGCAAGGAUAAAUGCAAGCUGUAUUGUAUGAUCCGUCAGCCGAAGAUAAAGGCGUAGAUGGGAUCGUAGAUUUAAGAUGCGCUCAAAUAGCAUGCAGGAAUCCAUGUCUACUACUAUUGCGGCUACUGUUUUGAAAGCAGUUGGACACUCGAUUGUAUUGGCGCUACUUGGCUAUGAUUUCUAACGUAAGGGAGAGAGGGCUGAACCCCAAGUCCCAUAGUUCGGACUACCGAGAUCGAAGCGAAUAACAGAUUCCUUUACCUGAAUGACUAGCUUUUCAAAAAGGGAUAUAUAUAAGGCCAAGAUAAGUAAGAUACGUAUAGGAAAUAAUUUGGAAGUGGUGGUUUCAGUAUGGCCAGCCUAUCUUAUGUGUGAAGAGCAGCUUCCGAAUAAGGUUGCCUUCGGUUCAGAUCGCGCAAUUCUAGCACGCUCUCUAGUAAGCAUAAAUGCCACUACCAGUCC